CGUAAACACACAUACCAAUCUAUUUAACCUCAACAUCCUUAGUUCUUUCUUUAACCGUAUGUUUAUGGUGCCGUGAGUUGGGGUUAAAAUGUCGCUUGCACUUGCAAGACCACUUGUUACUGUUUAUACUGAAAAAAAUGAGCGUUCAGGAGCUUCCGUGGCCCUUCCUGCUGUUUUCAAAGCUCCUAUACGUCCAGAUGUAGUCAACUUUGUCCAUAUGAAUAUGGCCAAAAAUAGACGCCAUCCAUAUGCUGUGUCUGAGCAGGCAGGUCACCAAACGUCUGCCGAGUCAUGGGGUACUGGUCGAGCUGUGGCUCGUAUUCCUCGUGUUCGUGGUGGAGGCACACACAGAUCUGGUCAGGGUGCUUUUGGCAACAUGUGUCGUGGUGGGAGAAUGUUUGCUCCAACUAAAACUUGGCGACGAUGGCAUCGUAAGAUCAAUAUCAAUCAGCGACGUUAUGCAAUCUGUUCUGCUAUUGCUGCCACUGGGAUCCCAGCCUUAGUAAUGUCUAAGGGCCACAAAAUUGAGGAAACUCCAGAAGUUCCCCUGGUGGUGAGUGACAAAAUUCAAGAGUAUAAUAAAACUAAACAGGCAGUUCAGUUUUUGAGAAAAUUGAAGGUGUGGAAUGAUAUACAAAAGGUUUAUAAAUCAAAAAGAUUCCGUGCAGGAAAAGGAAAGAUGAGGAACCGACGCCGUAUUCAACGUCUUGGUCCAGUAAUUAUUUAUUGCUCGGAUAAUGGGCUGACUCGAGCCUUUAGAAAUAUUCCAGGAAUUGAAACUUUGAAUGUAGAAAAAUUAAAUUUACUAAAGCUUGCACCUGGUGGGCACGUGGGACGUUUUGUGAUCUGGACUGAAAGUGCUUUCCGCAAACUUGAUUCCUUGUAUGGAACCUGGCGUAAACCAUCAGAGAAAAAAAAGAAUUUCAACUUACCAAUGCCCAAGAUGUCCAAUACUGAUCUGUCUCGGCUGUUAAAGAGUGAGGAAAUUCGGCAUGCCAUACGACCAGUCAAUCGUGCUAUUGAACGCCGUAAGUUGAAGAAGAAUCCACUCAAGAACAUUAGAGUGAUGUUGCGACUCAAUCCAUACGCUGCUGUUACCAGAAGGAAUACUAUUCUGAAUGCAGAAAAAAGAAAAAAGAUGAAGGCUGCUAUACUUGCAAAGAAAAGAGGGAUUGAAAUCCCAGAAAAGCCCACCAGACACCAACAAGCCAAGAAACCCAAGGCUAAGAAAGUUAAAGCCAAGAAAUCUGAGAAGACCAAGAAAUAAAAUAUAUAUAUAUAUAUCUUGAUUUGUAAUGGCGGAAAGCCGUGACAACACAGAGAAAUAAAUUGGUUAAAAGUGUA